AUGGCCAGCGCAGUGGAUAAGCCGACGUACACCAUCAUUCAGGCGGAUGGCCUCUACCCAGAUGAUACAGUCGAACAAGCCAUAUUCGCUCCCACGCCCUCUCAGAACUACAACAUUGAAUAUGUACAGACGCACCUCUGGCCAGAUGGAGCGUCCGAAAGACGACCAUGGUCCAAUAUACCCGAAGACCUCAGAAGAAGAGUCAAUGGCAUUGAGGUGUUGAAGAUGUCCUUUACAGAACAAGACCUGGAACUUUUCCCCAAUUUAAGGGUGAUAUGCAGGAUGGGCGUAGGAUACGAUCGCCUAGAUCGCGUGGCUUUGGCCAAGAAGGAUGUCAUUGUCUGCAAUGUGCCUGAUUACGGUACGGCCGAGAUAGCAGACCAUGCAAUUGGACUCAUGUUAUCCUUGCGGCGCGGAAUACUGCUUCAUCAAGACCGGCAACGAUCAACUCCGCCAGAUCCAUGGAUGGUAAUCGACACACCCCUGGUUGCCAGACUGCAGCAGUCCACCUUUGGCGUAUUCGGUCUUGGUCGAAUAGGUACAGCCGCAGCAUUGCGGGCAAAGGCGUUUGGCUUCAAUGUUCUCUUCUACGAUCCUUACCUUCCCAACGGCGUCGACAAGAGUCUGGGCAUUGAACGGACCAAGGACGUGAAGGAGCUUUUCCGAAGGAGUAAUGUGCUCAGCUUGCAUUCGCCCUGCACGCGCGAAACCCGCAGUAUGAUUGGCUACUCGCUGCUAUCUCUCCUCCCGCGAGGAAGUGUGCUUGUCAAUACCAGUAGAGGUGAAGUCCUUGAUCUGGACGGCGUGCAACAAUGCUUGGAGGAAGACAUCCUAGCCGGCGCCGGCUUAGAUGUGCUGCCUGAAGAGCCGAUUCCAGAAGACAACGUUCAUCCGCUUAUCCAAGCCUACCGCAACAAAGAGCCAUGGCUGGAGGGAAGAAUGGUCCUCACCUGCCACACCGCCUUUUACAGCCCGGAGAGCUUUGUCGACAUUCGGGUGAAGAGCGCGCAGACCAUGAGAGAUGUUCUGAUCGAUGGACUAGACAGCAACGUUAUUCUGCCUCACAUGGAGUGA